AUGAAGGAUGAGCCAGCUAUCCGCUCGCCUUCAAGCACUCUCAUCAACACUAAGCUUAUGACUAUGCCCCAGCCCGACACACCGUUUGCCAGCACCAAGAACCAUAUGCAUGGGAAAGCUGGUCCCAUAUUACACUCACCACUUCGGCGACAUCGUGCCCGAUCACUAUCGAGCGGUCUUCCCCCACGUGGUCUCGUCGCAUCGCGAGUCAAUACCAUCAACAUGGUUAGCCCACUGGCUGAUGUAGUCGUCCCCGCACGCAGUGACCGCAACACACUGGCAUCUCAGGCAAAGCCUUCUUCACCGACGUCAACGCCUCACUAUCGCCCCGGUGCACGCACGGCUCCUAGCUCCCCGCUGAAGCGCAAAGGCAAGAUCGACGACUUCGCUCUUCCGCCGCCCCCGCCGACCGUGUCCGCAAAUGAAGCUGCUCAGGACGGCAUUCAAGCUGCAUCGAACCUCAUCACAUCUAGUAACAAAGGCAUUGUCCAGAGCGAGACCUCGAACAACGAACCCUUCAAAGCCUUGGAUGACUCCACAGCGGGUAGUACACCAUUCCACCGUGGCCAUCGACGAAACAAGACAAGCUUAUCACAGGUGGUCCCACGCAGUGAUCCACUAAAGGGUACUGCAUACGGUACGGAAUCGUUUCGUGCAACAGCAGGACAGUAUAGCCAUUGGCCGACAGAUCCACACCAUACUUCCUCUCCAGACGACUACUCAGGUGUGGAUGUGUUCAGCUGCGACACGCCUUCUGAAGUGCGUGCUACGAAACGAAAGUCGCUGCCAGGAUACAGCAGUAUAACCCCCACCAUGGAGUCAGGCAGGUCGGAAGAGUUCCACGACUGCACCCUAUCACCGAGAACGACAGCAGACGAAACCAAAGAAGACGAGCGCACACCGUCCAUUAAAUCCUACACCCCUAGCUCAGCCGAAUCUUCUCCGGGAGCUGGAGCACCAUCCCCAACGACUGAGCCAUAUUUGCCGCUACGCAGGAUUGAGAAGUUCAAUGAAACCGAGAGCUUCAACUCCCACACAAGCCCCUUCUCGCAAUACGAAUAUGCGCUCUCGCUCUCGGACAUGGAUACCGACGAUGUUCGCGAACUCCACCCAUUGGAAGCCUUUACCCAAGCAAGCGCUCAAGAUGGCUGCGCCACUCAUGACUGGGCAUCCCCAUGGCCAUCGGAGCAGCCUGUGAAGAAACUCCUGCGCUUUGCUUCCCGACCAGACUUUGCACCCUCCAUGCACUACGAGUCGGAAUCAGAUGACUAUCCUUCUCUGCAGAAUCUCCUCGAUUUGGACGAGCAUGGUCCUGAGCCACGAAAGAGUCCGCUCAGUGCUGUCCCUAUUCACGCUCAGGCACAGGAUGAUGGGCUUACGACCCUCGCACCGGUUUCCUACUAUCCGGAUGUUGCAUCAGAGAUGACGAUCCUUCUUCCGCGGACGUACAACGCCGAUUCUGACGAUGAUACUAUGGUUAUCACUUCCCGCACAUACGAUGCGACCGCUAGUCACGAGCUUGCAUGUCUUCUUCCACUGACGUACGAUGUGAAUUCUGUGAAUGCACUGGAGAAGGCGUCGACAAUUAAGCGGAAGCCGAUACUGCGAAAGGCUAAAGACGGGUCGCUUCGAACUUCUGCGCCGUCUCCCAGCUCGCCAAACUGGGUGGUGCAUGAUGAAUACGACACUGAGGAGUACAUUUGGACGAAACCCUGCAGCGGCGUCUCGAUGAAUACGGGAGCCUCGGACCUUCACCACCGCGAUAGCUUGGAUGACCGCGACGCUGACAUGGAGCCAAUCCACGUCGAGAAGAGGCAUAAACGCAACGGCUCGAAGAGCUCGCGCGAUCAAGUCGCGAACUCCGUCCGUAGGUUCAUCGAGCCGCGCUCAGAUGCAGAUGUCAUCAAAGAACCCGCACCAAUCGGCUCAAUCACUCGUCGUCCACUCCCGACCAUCAGUCAUGUUUUGAACCCUCCGUUCACAACCAACACCGGUGUUCUGAACUUCGACUUCCAGUUUCCGGCUCGAAGUCCGCAGCAACAGCGCGGUGUCAGCAUGCCGGUCUUUCCCCCGCCUUCUGCUGCAGGUACUCAAGGUAAGAAACAUGCGCGACGCAAAUCUUUUGGGAAGUUGCUUGGUGCUUUCGGCAAGAAGGAGCAAGAGUCUACGGCGGUAGAGGCGGAAGAAAAGCCAAAGAGGUCGCUCAGUCGGCGCAUUAGUAGGAGGUUCUCGUCGAUGUGGGCGAAGUAA